AGCCAAUCGCCGUAAACAAGGAAAUGUUUAUUUUGCGCUCUGUCCCGAACCGGAGGAACGCAAAAUUCUGCCAUUGAUACCUGUUUAUGUCUUCCAUUUAUUCAUAGACUUCUAAUUCAUAUUUCUCACCAUGGACGGUGCAUUGCCUACUGAGCAUAAGGAGGAUGGGUCUUUGUGGAGGAGAAAGAGAGAAGAAGAAGAGGAUCAGAUCGGGAGCAAGUUGUUAAAAACGGAAAGCAGCGGUUUGGAGUCUUGCUUGGAUCAGCCAGUUGAGUUGAGAAGUGUUCAUGAAGUCAUCAAGUAUGGAGCCUCAUCUCUGCCAGCUAAGCAUUACGACCCGGAUACCACUGAGCCAAUCAGCUCCGGCCUUCAGUCCCUGGAGGAGCUGUUGUCGUGGAAACGCAGCGAGGCCAACCCCUUCAACGUGGCGACGGUGCCCCUGGCCGAUCGGGAGCCUUCUCUGGCCAGCACGCCGCGCCGGACUCUGGUGAGUCACGACAUGAUGGGCGGAUACCUGGAUGACAGGUUUCUGCAGGGGGCAGAGUCAGAUGCUCCCUAUGUGUUCUACCACUGGCAGUACAUUGAUGUGUUUAACUACUUCAGCCACAACAUGGUGACCAUCCCCCCCGCCGUCUGGACCAACGCUGCUCACAGACACGGAGUCAUCGUCCUGGGCACCUUCAUCACUGAGUGGACGGACGGGGGGAAGAUGUGCGAGGUCUUCCUGAAAGAGGAGGAGUCUUACAGGGCCGUAGCUGAUAGGCUGGUUCAGAUAGCCCACUGCUACGGCUUCGAUGGUUGGCUCGUCAACAUCGAGAACCCUCUCAGUGAGACUGCUGUGAAGAACACUCCUCUGUUUCUACGUUACCUGACUGACCAGAUGCAUGAGAGAGUCCCUGGUAGUAUGGUCCUCUGGUAUGACUCUGUCCUGGAGAACGGACAGCUCAAAUGGCAGAAUGAACUCAACCCAUCCAACAGAGUGUUUUUCUCAGCGUGUGAUGGUAUCUUCACCAACUAUAACUGGACAGAGCAGAGCCUGGAGAAAAUGAAGGUCUACUCAGCUGCUCAGGGCCGUCUGGCGGACAUCUUUGUUGGGGUGGACGUGUUCGCCAGGGGAGAGGUGGUGGGAGGGAAGCUGGAGACUAAUAAGGCUCUGGAGCUGAUUCGUAAACAUGACUUCUCAACGGCCAUCUUUGCUCCAGGCUGGGUGUACGAGACCAUCCCAGACAAGACUGACUUCAGGAAGGAACAGGACAAGUUCUGGUCUCUCCUGUCUGACUUCCUGUAUGUCCACCGGCCCUCGUCGCCCCUCCCUUUCAUCUCCUCCUUCUGCCAGGGUGCUGGGACCAGCCUCUACUGGAAGGGACAGCGUGAGGUGGAUCGUAGCUGGUUCAACCUGGAUGCCCAGGAGCUGCAACCCCUAUACUACAGAGAGACCCUGGAGGGGGAGGGCUGGCUGAGGACCCAGGGCUGCCCUGAAGAUGCCUGGAGCGGGGGCAGCUCACUGCUCAUAGAGGGACUCAUACCCUCCAUGCUGACCAAAGUCUGCGCCAGGAUAUUUUCUCUCCAGGUACCUCUAUCCUCCAGGGUCUUUGUGUCUCUGAUCUAUAAGCCGUCUCCUGGAGUCACUGUCUCUCUGGUGUUAAAGACUACUGACGCUACACUCUGCACACACAGUGGUGUUCAGGAUAUACCUACCAGCAGUGUUGAGCCUGCUGCUUUAACGGAGGACCACCCGUUGGUGAGACAGUUCUCUCAGAGCUGUGGACAGUGGAACCCAGACGGAUGGACUGUCAGGUGUUCCCAGUUGGAGCUGCAGGACUGUGCUCUGAGGGAUGUGUGUGUGAACGUGCAGCGUGAUGGCGGAGAUCAGGACACACCCUUCAAAUGCCGGGUCGGAGAGAUUAUGAUCCUGGAUGCUGAGUCCCUCUCCGUUCCUCCCCUCCCAGUCCAGAGUGUGUGUGUCUAUGAUGUGGUGUGGCUGAGGGGCGCUGAUAAACUUCACCUCAACGCCACCCUGCGCUGGCGCUACCCGGCCCAGCUUGUACGCCACUUCCUGGUGUACUGGCGCCGGCUGAGGGGUCCGGAUCCCCGGAUCCCAUCUGGCAGGCUGGCCCUGAUUGGCCGAGCCUACUCCCCCUUGUUCCGGGUGACUGAGCUGGCGGUUCCGGAACCUCCGGGUCUUCUAGAACUGGUGGUGGAACCCGUAUCACGGGAGGGGUUCCGUGUUCCUGAGUCCCACUGGGGGAGGAGGAGUCUCAGUUAUACUGAGGAGAGAACGGACCAAAUCAUAAGAGACUAGAAGGGUAGCAACGUACUGGCUGUCCCAAAUGGCACCCUAUUCCCUAUAUAAGGCACUACUUUGGCCAGAGCUCUAUGGGCCCCGGUGAAAAGUAGCACACUAUAUAGGGAAUAGGGUGCCAUUUGGAAUGCACUACUGGACUUGCUACUCCACUUCCUUUCCAAAACGCUUCCUGUCUCCUGUCCAAUCAGUGAUAACCUGAUUCAGUACUCUAGUUUGUAGUGAUGUGAUCCUCCUAGUCACCUAUAGAGAACCAUUUUUUUUGUCAAGAAAAAUCUUCCCAGAACCAUUAGGGAAACUCUGCAUUAGAGAAGCCUAGGCCAGAAUUCAAUAUGAAGUGCGCUGUACGUAAUUCCUGAUUGAGCCGACAUCUGCAGCCUUUCCUGUGAAUGCAAUCUGAGCAGAUGUAGGGACAUUGCCUUUAAAAGGUGCAUUGUUGAGCACUCUACAACGUGCCACAGCUUGAAUCCGGGCCUUCAGUCUCUACUCGGAGAGCAAGCAUGACUGGACAGGUGAGAGUGAGGGAAAGCAAGCAGGACUGGACAGGUGAGUGAGGGAGAGCAAGCAGGACUGGACAGGUGAGUGAGGGAGAGCAAGCAGGACUGGACAGGUGAGUGAGGGAGAGCAAGCAGGACUGGACAGGUGAGAGUGAGGGAGAGCAAGCAGGACUGGACAGGUGAGAGUGAGGGAGAGCAAGCAGGACUGGACAGGUGAGAGGGGGAGAGAGCAAGCAGGACUGGACAUGUGAGAGAGAGCAAGCCAGAAUACAGUCCACUGUCUUCAGGGUGCAGAGCAGAGGGAAGGAUGCUUCAAGGAGUAUUGAGAUACAGUACAUAGGGAGAUUCCCAGUACAUAGGGAGAUUCCCAAUUGGGCAAAAGACCUUCCUCUCCGCGACUCCUCCGUGACCCGGAAACCAAUAAGUGGUCGAGGACAGUGUCAAGUCGUUAGGAGAACAAAGGAGGCUGCUCUCCUCCUCCAUUACAGAUUUCGACAGAGGAUGCACCAGUUUCCUCGCGGCAGCCACACCCCCUUUUGUUGUUUUCUCUAGAAAACUAGCUACAUUUAUUUUGGGAUUCCACCCCUGUAAACAUAAUUUGCCUGAUGGCGUGCGAGUGCAGAAGGAGUCAUUUCAUACAAGCACAUUUGUUACCGUGUCCUCUCCUCCCCUAUCACCUUAAACCUUUUUUAAGAUUAGUCGACCAAAACCAAUUGAAGAUCUGUCCUCUUUCUAUGAGAUGCGGUGCUUUGCUGUAUAUGGUUAAACUUUUUUACCUGAGGAUUAGGACGUUUGUUUUGAAUAAUUUUGAACUCUGGAAAGCAGGAUCCUUGCUUUACCCCAAUCGCAUAUUUAUGACAUUUUUACUUCCCUACUUUACAACUUCUGAUGGAUUGAGUUAUGAGUUUUUUUUCUAUUCCCAUGUAAAGAGAAUAUUGACCACAUGCUAUAUGAAUUGAAGCAUCAAUAAAGAUACUAUAAAAAAAAAAACUGAAUUUUGUUUGAGUCAAAACAUUUCCAUUACAGCAUUCCAUGUUGGUUCCAUGUUGGUUACUGAAUGUCUGACAGAGUAUGGUCUCUUUCUGACUGAGUUUGGUUUGAC